AUGGCAACCCACAUCCCCCCCACCCUCUCCCCCGACGCAAUCGACACCCUAACCGAACUGACCCUCAUCCUCACCAAAUUCCGCGCCGCCCAAGCCUCCGCCCGCUCCGCUGACGCCGCCGCCGCCACCGGCGCCACGGGCGCCAUCGGUCCCUCCUUAUCCUCCUCCACCUCCAUCAACCCCUCCCACGGCGGACCCAACUCUUCCAACAACGCUCCCAUCAGCACCCCCGCCCCCGGCGCAGUAACAGGCACCACCCCCCUCCCCAUCCCUAGAUCGUUCAGUGCCAAGGACCUCCCCCAAGCAACGGAUAACCUCAAGCAUAAACUCCAACGGGCGCGACAAGCGGUUUUGACGCUCCCGGAUAUUGGGAGGACGAUUACGCAGCAGGAGAAGGAGAUCGCGGAGCUGGAGGAGAGGAAGAGGAAGCAGGUUGCCAUGUUGGCAAAGAUACGCGACGAGGGACUGCAGUUUGCCAGGCUGGAGCAGAGUAGACGGGAUGAGGAAGGGGAGAGGAUGAUGGUUGAGUAG